AUGUCAAGCCCUCUUGUCUGCAACACCAUUACCCCAGUCAGCUUCCCAGCCUGCAUCGACUUCCUCGUAUCGUUGAUUGAUCGUCUGUUUCAGCGCCUUAACCAAUUAAUUCGUGAGCGUUUGCCACCCGGUUUGAUCAUUGGUGGUUCAUCGGCUUCUGUGACCCCUGACUUGCGGACGUUGAGUCGACAGCAUGCUUUACCCGGCUGGCUACUCGUUGAGCUCUUAUUACCCGAGGCGAACAGUUCUCGCGACUUUUCUGGGAAUUUUAUUAUAGCUUCUUCGACAACCGAAAAACUUGUGGACUCGAAUAUUUCAAUUCUCAAUAACUCACCAUCCGAGCAUAUAAAGUAUUCCACAGAUACUCAAAUGGCUUCAACCAGUGGAGAUCCUGAAACUAUUCCUGACAUCUCCCAUAAGAUCACGUCGACAGUACCAGAGCUUUCUGUGUCUCAUAUUCGAAUGCCACUUGAUGACAACACUUCAAAACCGGAUGAAACUUCUGGUCUCAGCGAAGGGAUUAUGGAAUCGCCUGCCAAAACCAGCCACCACGAACCUUCUAUUGAGCCUACCGAGUUGAUAGAGGAAGUCGGCUCCGACAGCCAGACCAAACAGGCGGGCAAACUAAGUGAUUCGGAAGACGCAGAAAAGCCCAGGAGCAAACACGAGGGCAAUAAGGAGAAAAGACAUAAAUUUGAAAAGAAAGAUAGAAAGGAUAAAAAGGAAAAGCUCAACGAAAAAUAUAAAACGCAGAAGAAUGUCAAAUCAAAAGAAGAAAGCAAAGAGCUCGAUACCUCGUACCUUAAGUCUAUGAGCACUAUUGGAGGAAGACUUUUUAUAUUCUUAUUCCUCCGUGAAUUUAUCUCAGGCGACCCCGCUGUUGUCGUGAGACAAUUAAUUCGACUUUUAUAUCAAACAGAUGAGCCUCUUACCGGGGCUCAUAUUGCACCUAUCAGCAACUUGGGAACAUCCACCAACGUCCCUAGACAGCUUGUUGCUCGAGCUGUGCCAACUCCUAGCCGAGAGACUUCUGUUUAUGUGGGCCAGCUCAUUCUGCCAUGGCUUUGUACAGUAAGUUUUUUCUUUUUUCCAAUCAGCACUUCUACGCUCUAA